AAUAUCUAUGAAAAAUUUAUAUAUUGUUGCAUUGUUGAGUGUUUCACUAUUAACAUUGUAAUUGUACAGUUCAAAUUAAGAGAUAGAUGAAUAUUCAAAAUGGAAAUAGAUUCAUAAAAAGUAAUAUUAAGGAACAGAGGACUCAUAUAGAAAGUAAAUAUUCCACCAGAAUUUAUAAAUUGUGAAUGAUCACAAUGCAAGAUAUAAUUAAGGUUUAGAAAGUUUUUAGAUUGAAACAAACUAAUUUGCUGACUUAACAUUUGAUGAAUUCUCAUCACUUUAUUUAUAUUCUUCAUACCCAGAUCAAGAUAUUAUAAAUAUUAAAUAUGAGAAAAAUCAAUAAAAAUAAACAAAAAGGGCUGAAGUUCUUGAUAAUCAUGAUUGGUCAACUAUUAAUGGUUAUUCUAAAUCAUACAAUUAGGGUAGAUGUUUAGGAUCUUGGGCUUUUGCUGUAGCUGGUUCAAUAGAAAUUGCCAGAUAUUUAGGUGUUUAUGAAUAGAUUUCAGCUUAAUAUUUGAUAAAUUGUGUUUAAUAACAAAAUUCUUGUUUAGAAGGUUCAGUAUAAAAUACUUGGGAUUGGGUUACAAAUAAUACUAACUUUGUUGAUUUGGAAGAAUCUGUGCCAUAUACAGGAAUAAAAGGUGAUUGCAAUUAAUCAAUUGAUAACAUUUAGUUGUUAAAUGAUUAUGUAAUGAAACUUCCAGAUUCUUUUGAUACAGAAGAAGAUUACUAUGAAGCAUUAGAAUUGAAUGCUGUUGUGUAAUUUAUUUAUAAUAAUUAUUAUUAGAUCUCCUCUAUCAGUUUCCAAUAUUUAUUUCUAAUUAUAUAAGUCUGGUGUUUAUAAUAAAGAAUGUGAAGAAAACUAUAAUUAUGAUGCAUUAGUCAUUGGAUAUGAUGCAAGAACAAAUUAACCUGAUGGUCCAUUUUAUAAAUUGAAAAUGUCUUGGAGUUCUAAUUAUGGAGAAAAUGGAUAUGUUAGAGUUCAAAUGCCUAGCAAAUGUAUCAAAAAAAUGUAAUCAUACCCAAAUCGCAGUUGAUAUAAUUAUAUAAUCAUUCCA